UGUGUGUGGGGGGCUGUGCGGAUGUUGCUGGGGAGCGGUAGUGUAGCGCUUAGCGCACUGCGCUACGAACCCGGCGAACCGAGUUCGAUUCCCGCUCACGGCCAACACCAAUAGUGACGAUUAUCUAAACCGGUCCUGGGCCUCCCCUAGGUCGACUCGGACUCAAAUGAGUACCUGGGGUGGUGUGUAAACAUCGCCACUGGGGAGACAAAGGCAGCCGGGCGUGGUGUUGGUCACCCACCCCCUCGUGCGCUGUGUCGGCUUUCAUAGGUGCUGGUUAACAGCACUUGCCCCAAUAGUCUGUUGAAGGCUAUACGGGGGAUUUUUUGUCUUUGUAUGCUGGGGAGCGGUAGCGCAGUGGUUAGCGCACUGCACCGGCGACACGAGUUGAAGUCCAACAUCAAUGAACGGGUGCUAGGCCUCCACUAGGUCGACUCGGAAUUAAAUGAGUACCCGGGACGGUGUGUGUGAACGUCAGCAGUGGGGAGACAAAGGCGGCCGGGCUUGGUGCUGGCCACCCACCCCCUCGUUUGCCGUGCCGACCUUCAUAAGUGCUCCUCGCGAACAGCACUUGCCCCCAAGAGCCUGUUCAAGGCUAUACGGAGUGUCUUUGUAUGUGUGCGUGGUUCUGUGCGUGCGCGCGUUUGUGACUCGGCCCCUCUGUCCACGUUGUGUGUCAAUCGCCCAGCUGAUAGCGCGCUAAGUUGACCGCAUCCUACCAAACGCAGCUGUUUUUAGCCGCAAAAGCUUGCAGCGUCUCCUCUUUUUGUGUCACGUUCGCAAUCUCUGCUGCAGUCAUCGGUGUCAUGGAUCCAAUCGAGAGACGGAUCGUCAACGCGUACCCAAACCCGCUGCCGUACAGCCAGGCGGUGCAGGCCGGCCGCACGCUCUACGUGUCCGGCCAGGUCGGGUUGGAGCCCGGCUCGGGGUUGUUGGUCCAAGGCGGGACGGGCGCACAAACUCGGCAGGCAUUGAAGAACAUCGGGAUGAUCCUUAAAGGCGCAAAUUGCGACUACAAAAACGUGGUCAAGACCACCGUGCUGCUCGCCGACAUGAAGGACUUCUCCGCCGUCAAUGAAGUCUACGCCGAGUUUUUCUCAUCCAGAUUCCCAGCCCGGGCUGCCUAUCAAGUGAUGGCGCUGCCCCGGGGAGCGAGUGUGGAAAUUGAGGCAGUGGCCGUGUUGGGACCCAUCUCAGAAGCCUAAACAGCAACAACAUCAACAACAACAACAGCAGCAACAACAACAACAGCAGCAACAACAACACGUAUAUUUUAAUGAAAUCUCCAAGCCUGUACAGUCUGAUUGUAUCAAUCAACCCGUGUCAUCUGCGAGAGCCAAUUAUGAGUCAUUAUCGCGCUUGCAUGGGCUUUAGCAUAAUUACCCCGGGAUCACGAUGUGCUCUCACCAGUUGUGAUUAAACUGCCGACGAUGUCGUCCUGAGAGUGGCUGAUGGAACAUUUCUGUGGCCUGGCGAAUAAAAGCAACGAGUGGACGGGGACGA